UGACUGGACGUUCCCUCCUCGUAUUAAGGACAUGAAAGGGAGCGAUACUGUCCGACUUCUGCAACCUGCUCCGAAAACAGGACCACGAAUAUGAAAAAAUAUUAAAUAACGGCCAAAUAAAGGGGACAGAAUAAGAGUUAAAGGAAGGUCGAUCUUUACUUUUCGGGGCUGUUGUUGCACUGCCUGGACAGCUGCUUUGGACAAGCGGUUUGUGCUAUCCAUUAAACUGAACUCUGGACUUGAAACAUGACUCGAACAUGUCCAUUCGUUGUCGGGAUCGCCUGCUUUGCGAUUCUUGGUUGUGUGACAGUAGUCCAGUCUCAGGUCACUCUGGAGGUGACAGAGGGAAACUCCACCUGUAUAAAAGCUGAACUCUCCGCCUCCUUCUCCAUCACCUAUGACACCGCCAACGGCACGCGUACGGUGAUGGUGCCCCUCCCAGGGUCGGCGGUGGUGGGUGUGGCCAGCUCGUGUGGGGGUGACGGCCGCUCCCCCUGGCUCGUGGCGUUGUUCGGGGAUGGCCACACCCUGGGCCUCAGCUUCUCAUCCAAUGACACUCUGUACAGCGUCGCUAACCUCACCCUGCAGUACAACCUCAGUGAUGUCGCUACCUUCCCAGAGGCCAACGGCACCGAUGUGGUAACUGUGGAGACGACCUCUGUAGGGAUGGUUGCUAGGGUCAACACCACCUACAGAUGUAUCAGCGCCUCAUCUGUCAUAGUGGGAGGAGCCACCGUCACCUUCUCAAACGUCACGAUGGAGGCCUACAUGACAGGAGACGAUCUGAGCCCCGACGAGAGUGUGUGUACUGCUGACCAGAGCUUCACCACAGCCCCGCCUCCACCCCCCUCCACCACCACAGCAGCCCCCGCCCCCGUCCCCACCCCCCCUGGAACCCCCAACCAGGGCAGCUACUCUGUCUCCAAUAGCAACGGGACCGUCUGUCUGCUGGCCCGCAUGGCACUGCAGCUCAACAUCUCCCACUUCUCUGCCUCACAGAAUAAGACUAUCCAGGAAGUAGUAAACCUGCUGCCCAAUCAGACGACCAGCUCAGGAUCAUGUGACCCCACCAGCGCCACCCUGGUGCUGACGCAGGGCAGUGCCACCAACCUCAGCUUCCUGUUUACUCUGAACACCACGUCUAACAGGUACCACCUGACUGGUCUGUCUGUGGUAGCAGCUUGGUCUGAUAUGACAGCCCCGUUCAACACCAGUAACAGUAGUCUGGACUACCUGCGUGGCUCCCUGGGGCGUAGCUACAUGUGUAUUUCAGAGCAGACUCUGGCUGUAGACCAGAACUUCUCCCUCAACACCUUCCAGCUGCAGGUCCAGCCCUUCGGCAUCACCAGAGGACAGUUCACACAAGCGGAUGAGUGCCAGUUGGAUCAGGACAACAUGUUGAUUCCCAUCGUCGUGGGAGCCGCUCUGGCCGGCCUGGUUCUCAUCGUUCUCAUCGCUUACCUCAUCGGCAGGAAGAAGAGCCAUGCUGGAUACCAGACUAUCUGAGAACACUGACACACAACCUGUGUGUAUCAAACGCCACCCUAUUCCCUAUGUAGUGCACUACUUUUGACCAGAGGUCUAUGGGGUAGUGCACUACUUUUGACCAGAGGUCUAUGUGGAUUCUGGUCAAACUUAGUGCACAAUAUAGGGAGUCUUUUCAGACAAGACUGCAGAGAGACGGACGCUCCAACUGGACCAUGUACAAACCAAGCCCUCUCUGCUGUGUGUGUGUGUGUGUGUGUGUGUGUGUGUGUGUGUGUGUGUGUGUGUGUGUGUGUGUGUGUGUGUGUGUGUGUGUGUGUGUGUGUGUGUGUGUGUGUGUGUGUGUGUCCUCUAUAUAUUGUUAUUCACAGCAGCUCAUCCUCUGCUACCUACUAACAGACUACUGCCUGGUCAAACCUACCAUCCCCCUCGUCUCUAGCCCAUCUCUACUGCAGCUGGCUCAGUAUACCUUUUUAGUUCUGAUAUCAUUUCAUGUUUGACUUGGGUGGAUUCUCGCUUUAAUAGGAAUUGAAAGAUUUUUUUUUUUUUUUUGCAGUUUUUGUGUAAAUUUAAACUGAUAUUAAAUGAUAUAGUAUUCAACUCUUAUGGAAGAGUGGGUCUUUCCUAGAACCACGUUUUGUGAUGGACUCAACAAGCUUCCCUUCCUUCCUCAUCUCCUUUCCUUCAGGACCACCAUCUUUUCUAUGACAUCACCUAGGGAGGUCCGAAGACUCCUGUGGGGGAAAAAAAGGGAAACUUGAAUGUCGAACAACUCCUCUGGUCAGAAAUACUGACCGGAUUAUCUUGUAGGUCACAAGAACAUUUGACAGGCCUUGUGGUGGUGGUGGGAGUUGUGUUUACUGCAUUUCAAAACAAAGGCUUGUGGACGACGUUAGACUGAGGAACAAGGUUAAGGUUGUUACAUGAUGGAUGUGUUGAACUGGUGUGAAAUAUAGUUCAACUCCUCCCAUGAGAUUGUGUUGAUAUCGAUUGUAGCUAGUUAAUCUUUUUAUUUUUGUAGAGAAUGCUUUGAUCAUUUUUCUAUUAUGCAUCUUGCUAAGGUCAAUAAAAGACAUUUGAAACUUU